GCAGCCGCUAUCUUUCUCCCUGCAGCCUGCAGCAACGCUUCGGCCACGCUUGGGAGACCUGAUGAGCCGCUCUUAUCAAGGCCGUCUCAACCCGGGGAGUUACGGACACCCAGAGCUUUGCAAGCGCCCAUGUGUGUACCAAUUGAAGUCCGGAGUCUGCCAUGUGGGUGCCAAGUGCGGGUUCUGCCACUGCCGCCACGAGAAAUCCGAGGUCAAGCCCGACCAACGAGAGCGGCAGCUUCUGCUACGUAUGACGGACUCUGAGCUGGCCGCACUUUUCGUCCCUGUCUUUCGCAAGCGCGCGACUGAUCAGGGUCUGCUCCCUGUUGCCAGAGAGUUUCUGGAGCUUGCAGAGCAAGAAGCCGCAGCGAUCGAGAGCCGACAGGCCGAAGAGCCGUCGCAGAUACGACAACGGCAGCUACGCACCUUGAAGAAGUCCUUGUCGAAUAUGCGGUUGUCUUCCAUGGCGCAGCACUUCUUGAGGACACUACCCGAGAAUGUGGAGAUUGCCUACGAGCAGAUGAGGAUGCAGCUGACGGUGGUCGAGCCGGGAAGCGAAAGCACAGAGACGGUGAUCGUCGUUCACCUGUAA